AUGUCUUCAGCUACAAUUGUCAUAUAAAAGGAUAAUAAUCCCAUGAUUAAAUCAAAUAUGCAAGUAUUUAAUCCAGCCAAGACAUCUCCAAAAAACAAGGUCUUUAUUGUUAGUAAUAAUGUCAAGAGUAACGAUUAAGUGUAUUUUGCUCCUCACUAAUUAAUGAACAAAGACGCAUACAAUUAACCUACUGCAAACGAAUUUUUAGCAGUUUCAAUGCAAGAUUCGCUCCGUCCUGAGCGCAAAGUAUCAAACGCAUCCACUGAUUCUUCUUAAUCAACAACUUAAAGCUAGACAAUUUAAACUCCUAUUUAGCAGUAGCAAAAUACACAAACAAAUACUAAGUUUUAGAGAAAAAAUGCGAAGUACUAAACCAUCAAUCCUAUUUAAAAAUUCUUCGAGCAAGACUUGAACUUGCAAUUUGCAGAAGAUUCAACUAAAUUUUUGGGUAAAAUAGUAAAUACGGGAGCUGAUUAUGCGAUAGAAAGAAAAUUUGUAUAGACUAAAGAUACAGGGAUUAAAUUAUAUUAUACUCACUUCUAUCCUAUAGCAGCCAAGCCAAAAGCCAGUAUAUUAGCAAUCCACGGCUUUUGUGAGCAUUCUGGUCUUUAUAUCAAUUUUGGAGAUUAUUUUGCUAGACAAGGAUUUGAAGUCCAUAUGUAUGAUUAAAGAGGUUUCGGUUAUACAGGAGGAAUUUCUCGUUGCAGCUCUACUGAAGAAUUUUAACAAGAUUUAACUACAAUUAUACAACUUGUAGAUAAGAGUAUUCCACUUUAUAUUUAUGCCCACAGUACUGGAACUCUUGGAGUUCUUUCUUAUUUGAUUAUGAAUCCUUAAAUUUAAGUAGCAGGUCUUGUCUCUCUAAACGCAUUCUUAAAAGUUCCCAACUAUUUUGGAUUGACUUAGAAUAAAAAAUUCUUAGCAAGAAUCUUGCUUAUGUUUUACGAGGAUCUUCUCGUCAACAGUAAAAUCAACUUGAGCGCUCUUUGCAAAAAUAGCUAUCACAUUAAGAAAAUGAUAAAAGACGAACAUAUUUCUCCACAUUUAACUCUAAGGAUGGCAAUAUCUCUUAUUGAAAUGAGUGAAUUUGUGCAGAAAAAUGCCUCUAAAAUUACAGUUCCUAUCUUUCUGAUUCAUGGAAAGGAAGAUGUUGUUAGCAAAUACUAAAAUUCAAUUCAACUUUUCAACACAGUAUCCUCCACAAUAAAACAAAACCACUUAAUUGAAUAAGGUUUUCAUUAACCUCACUUAGAUUCUAACAUGAACGAAAUCCACGAUUUGAUUAAUGGCUGGCUAAACAAGCGUCUCUCAUAGAAUAAUAACCUAUUAAAUGAUGAAAUGUUUACUAACCUCAAGUAUGGCUGCAAGCUGCCUUUGAGCAAAAAAGACUAUAUCAAAUUUGGCCUUAUAAUUCUUUUCUUUGUAUUUAUGAUACUGAAAUCAAAGGGUAAAUUCAUAACAGGAAUUUUCUAAAGGGCUCGCUGUCUUGCACUUGUUUAUAUCUUCAAAACUUUAGGAUCAAACAGAGCAAGCAUAGUUUGA